UUCUUUGCAAAGUGUACAACCUACUGCUUGUAAGGUUCCUUUCCUUUUUUGGUGACCUUGCGCAUGCCAGGCACCCCUGAGCUACACCCUCAACCCAAGGGUUAUGUUUCAAACAGAUCAAAGGCCUCCGAUUGAUUGGAGCAGCCUUACCCCCAAUCCUCCAUCCUCCUGUUUAAAUCUUAUUUAACACUUUACAGUCGGUUCUUAGCGUGCCUUGGGAGAAAAGCAGAAGAAAGCAUCACUUCUAUUUGCAUGUGCUGUGACAAGGUCCUGAGAACCCAUGAGACUUGUCCCAGAUUGCAGAACAGGUCUCUGCGAACUUGACCCCUGCCCUUGGAGCCUUGGAGCUGGGCAGCAGCUGGUGUGGCGUGGCGCAGCUGGGGCGUAGGCAGGCGCACACUCGGGCUGACAGUGACUGCUUGUAUCCUCGCAGGGCAUGGAGAGGCCGGCGACCCGCGAGCCCCAGGGUUCGGAUGAGCUGCGACGUUUUCAGGGACUGCUGCUGGACCGCCGCGGGCGGCUGCACGGCCAGGUGCUGCGCCUGCGCGACGCUGAGCGGCGUCUCGAGCGCCUCCGCCGGCGAUCGCUGGCCGCGCACGUGGCCGGCAGCUCGCUGAGCGCUGCAGGAGCCGUGGCGGCCAUCGUGGGGCUGUCGCUCAGCCCGGUCACCCUGGGGGCGUCACUUCUGGCAUCGGCCGUGGGGCUAGGGGUGGCCACAGCUGGAGGCGCUGUCACCAUCACGUCCGAUGUCUCCCUGAUCCUCUGCAACUCCCGGGAGGUGCGCAGGGUGCAGGAAAUCGCAGCCACCUGCCAGGACCAGAUGCGCGAGCUCCUGAGCUGCCUGGAGUUCUUCUGCCGGUGGCAGGGCUCCGGGGACCGCCAGCUGCUGCAGAGCGGGAGGAACGCCUCCAUGGCCCUGUACAACUCCGUGUACUUCAUCGUCUUCUUUGGCUCCCGUGGCUUCCUCAUCCCUAGGUGCUCCGAGGGGGCCACCAAGGUUAGCCAGGCCGUGCUGAAGGCCAAGAUUCAAAAACUGGCCGAGAGCUUGGAGUCCUGCACUGGGGCCCUGGACGAGCUCAGUGAGCAACUGGAGGCCCGGGUCCAGCUCUGCACCAAGUCCAGGCGUGACCACGACCUUGGAAUCUCUGUGCCAUAGCACGCAGGCUUCUUGUUUUGAGAAAUCCUUUCCGCUCUGGUGGCCCACCGCUCCCCAUGGGAGGCUCCAGAUUUGUAGCUCCCGCGGGAAAACGCCAAAUUGGGUUAAAAACUGAGUGCAAAGAAAGAGAAAAGCCAUUUUUGCAGAGGGUGGGUCCUUGCAGCCCUUUCCCCAUCACUGUGACAUCCUGCCUGGGCUCUCAUGCAAGUGACUUUCCACUACUGGAGUGUGGGACCUGACAAGUCGUUCUCCUUGAUCAAAAAACUUCACACAGCUGGGCAGACACUCCCAUGUUAGAAUGAUUUCGGGAUCCCCUGACCCACCCCGUUGGUUUGAAACAAGGCUGGAGAGCUGCCACCUUCUGGGUCUUCUGCAAGCCCCAGCAGGCUUUGAGGUUCCCAAAUUGCCUGGGAGAGGAGACACUUGUUUAAAACCCUCAAGUCCAGAGCUUCUGAUACCAAGAACCCCCAAAUCCAGCAGUCCCACUAUGUACUUUGUACCUAACAUGCUGUCCUCUUCCUGCUCCUCCAAGUUGACUGGUUCAGAAGCCAGCCUGGGUAUGGCAUGAUCUUUCUGCAGACCUCUGGGUACCCUGAGAGGGAUGUCACCUGUUCAGUCUGAGUCCUGUCCUCAGAAGAAGCUGAAGCCAAGAAAGAUGAAGUGUGUAACAACUUUAAUUACUGACAUCGUAGUGUACAGAAGAGGGCCAUGGGUUUUGGUUAAGACCAUCCUGGGUUUAUUACCAGCUUGGCCAUUACUGUGUGACUUGACUGCCUAAUCUUUCUGAGUCUUGGCUUCCUGUUCUGUGAAGCAGAGCUGAUAACACUUCACCCUCUUGUGAGGUAUUGAGAUAUUGUGGGGUUCACAAAUGUGGUCCCUGGACUGAAUCAUAGUCACCUGUGGACUGGUGAGAGAGGCAAAUUCUCGGACUCAACCCUAGAUUUGUGGAAUCAGAAACUCUGGAUGUGGGGCCCAGCAAGCUGGUUUAAACAAGUCCUCUGGGAGUUUCUCUUGCAUGCUAAGGCUUGAAAACUACAGCAAAAAAUGUUAAUUUCUGACCCCUUCAAAAUGUGUCUUCUCAAAGCCUCAGAGCCUCUCCAGGGGCUGUAUGAUCUUCAGAGUCAUUCACAAAAGUGCAAAGACAGACUGUCCCAGAAGCAAAAGAAAGAAUGUGCCCUGCUGUAGACGGGUGGAGGCAUCCUGGGACAUUCCUCCCCGAUGAACUAAGGGAUGUUACAUAAAAAGCCCUGUAGGGGGCAGUGUUGACCACUCCUUGUAGAAACUGGUACAGAAAGGAAUGUGAACUUAAGCAAAAACCCAUCUUUAUUUCCUUCUCUGAAAACUCCAGACUACAUAUUUUUUUAAUUUAUUUUAAGUUUGUUAUUUAAUUUCUGUCUAUUAUUUACUUUUAAUUUUAUUUAAUCGUCACACUUAGAAAAUAAUACAGAUGGCAAGUUUCUGGGAGAUUUACUGAGGCUCUUUUUAAGAAAUGAGGAUUUUGAUUUUCAAAGGAGUCUUUCUCCUCCAGAGGGGAUUUUUUUUUGUCUAGUAUUUUAAGUGAUCCUUUUAAGUAAGUGUGGGGAGUUGUUAAUAGAGAGCUCAAGAGCUCAUUUUAAGUUUGUAAGUGGAGACUUGAAUUGUAGGAUGCAUAAAUGAUGAGGCAUAUUUAUCUGGUAUUUUGCCAGAAGAUAACACUUGACCUGGAAAGAGAACCUACUGAGUUCAGGAAGAUUAAAAAAGAAAAAAAAAAGGCAUGUUAAAAAAAAAAAAGG